CGAGUAAGAGAGAGAAAAGAGUUGCACCCAGGCAGACUGAGUGAAGAGCGUGUGUGUGCAAACUGGGAUGAAUAAAUGCACUCGAAGGCUUAGCUGGUGAUACAGCCAGAGAGAGAGGAAGCGAGAACCAGAGUGUGUGUGUGUGUGUGUGUGAGCAAGGACGUGAGAGAGAGAGAGAGAGAGAGAGAGAGAGGGUGAGAGAGAAGAAGUGAAAGAGAAGGAUAGAAGGGAAGAAAGAAGCAGAGAAGAGAAAGGGAGGAUUCUACAACUCCAACUAUGCUGUGCUGCAUAAGAAGAACCAAACCGGUGGAGAAGAAUGAGGAUGCAGACCAGAAGAUUGAACAGGAUGGCACCCCGAACAAGCCCGAGGACAAGGCCCACAAGGCUGCCACCAAAAUACAGGCGAGCUUCCGUGGACACAUAACUCGGAAAAAGAUGAAAGAUGGAGAAGAAGAAGAGAAGGAAGGAGACAGUCCAGCUGCAGAAGAGGGAGUAGAUGGUGAGGAGACAAAGAAAGUGGAGGGAGAAGAUGCACCUACUAAGCAGGAGGAAAAUGCAGGGGAGGAGGCCAAGAAGGAGGGGGAUGAGACAAACCAGGCCAAAACCCCAGGAGCAGACAAGCCUGCUAACUCUCCUGCAGGCACAGCAACGUCUCCCGUGGCGGCAGCUCCCGCUGCUGCCUCUCCCACAGCCCCCUCUGAACCUCAGAAAGAGGAGCCGAAGGCCGAGGAGAAGCCCAAAGAGGUGGAGGCUCCGGCAGCAACAGCCAAGAGUCCCACCACAGCCACGGCUGAGGAGAAGAAAGAGGAGGAGAAGAGUGAAGAGAAGAAGGAGGAGGCCAGAAAAGCCGAUGUGCCUGCUGCUGUCAGUCCGACAGCUGAAAAGGAGGAGCCUAACCAAACAAAUGAUAAAAAAGAUGCUGCAGAGGAGUCAAAAGCGGAGGAGAAAACCAACCCAGAUGGGGCUGCGGAGCCAUCCGAGUCCAAGGAAGACUAAAGGCAAAGCCUUAACCACUGGAAAUCAGAAUUAAGAGAAAAUGUUGAGUAACACAAAAACAAAAAUCUAAAAAGGUUGCUCUUUACCUUCCCAACGUCAAGGGCAGUCUGUUUCUAUUUGUUUGUCAUUUUUUGUGUGGCAAUGAUUUUCUCAUGUUGGGGGAGUUUCCAGCUUGAAGUUUUCUGGCUCAAGCUAAUAUUGUGAUGGUGAUGAUGAUGUCUGUAAUAAUAACAUGAUUAUUACCUUGAUGAUGAUGGUGAUGCAAAAGCGGGAAGCAUCAGUGUCUUCACUUCCUAAUGUGAGUGAAACAUCACUGGAUCGACAGCUUCUAACUGGACCGCUCACACAUUUAAAAACGCAUUGCCAAUGCACCACCAUUCGUUUGCAUUGUCAUGCACUUUUUGUAAAAACCACGUCGCUGAAACAAAACUCAGUUUUGCAAAUGCAUGCACAAAAAUAGGCUAGUUUUAAAAUGCAACUCCGGUUUUCAGCACUGCACACGUGUAUUGAAAACACAACAAAAAGCCAGGUAAAUAUGCGAAUGUAUAUCUAAAUGUGUGAGAUUUUCAGUUGGCCUGUUUUAUUCAAAGUCCAAAAAUUAGUCAAUAGAAUUACUACUCUUUCUAUUCAGCUUGAGGAACUCAAGCUUGGUUUACAUCACUUUUACAAACUCUGGUAAGUGACAUUUAUAGAACCUUCUGGACCUUUUAAAUCCUAUAAUAAAUAAAAAAUAGCUAUAGUAUUGAUGUGUUUGGCCCAUAUAUAUAUAUAUCUAUAUAUAUAGAUAUAUAUAUAUAUGCCAAGCAAGUGUGAGAACAGUAGCAUGAACCAUGGAACAAGUUGCAUGAUGGGAACUCUCCCUUCGAGAGGAACUUCUUCGCAGCCACAAAAACAAGAAGUGUGGCGGCUUCUUUUUGAUGUCUUUGGUGUUGUUAUGACAGUUUCUAUGAAUUGGAGAAUUGCACUGAUGUUACUGAAAAAAAGAGAAAAAAAUCUGAAAAAGGAAAAUCCAACAUACGAAAUUCUUUUCCUAUGUUCCAGUGAGUACCAUGUCCAGUUUCAACCUUAUCUGAAAGUACAAACUUGUGAAAAAAAGAAUGAAAAAAAAUGAAAUAAAAAAUGGUUUCAAUGUCUGUUUUCGAAAUAAAGCAAAUGUGCCAAUUACCAUCCUAA